AUGGACAAUCAUCUGUACCAACAGCGUCGGCGCAGCCGGUCGCUGGAAGACUUUUUGAAAGAAGUUCCCCCUCCAAUGCACAGCCAACGGGACCACGUGAGAGCUCGUAAACAAGCAUAUGGGAGAAAUCCUCCAAGAACUUGGGAGGGAGAACAGAGAGAAGAUUACGAAGAAUACAAGAGGCACCAGCUUUCGAAAACGCUGUGCAAGGCUGAGUAUAAAGAACAAGAAAACGAAGCACGGUCCGAGUUCGAGACGUUCGUGCAUGGUGACGAGAAGAAACAAGAGUACUAUGUGCAGACAACUGGAGGCCUGCUGCCAAGGCAGCACCGGGAGUUGGCCCCCGCGGCCUCCCGAUGGGACGAGGCGGAGUAC